AUGUCAAUCUUUGUAUCCUUGCUCUUGGUGCUCUUAUGGCAUCAACAAUUCUCGCAUGCAAUGUCUCCACAAUCAUCCAGUCCAGAAUCAAACGAUGAGGGAAUCGAUCUCAGUCUUCGUCUUGGGCCAAGUCCUAAGAGCAAAAAAGUUUCAAGUGAAGAAACUGUCCAACAAGCUAUUUCACCAAACCCUCAGCCGAACGCGAACCAACAAGUAGAACUGCAUAGUCCACCAAAAUGGGACAAAGUCACGAGAGCUCAAUAUCAAAGAGAGUAUCGUAUUAUGCUCAAAAAAGUUGAUAAAGAGCGACUUCAAGGAUACGACAAAAGGAAGAACGUUCGAAGCAGAGAAAAGUAUGAGAAACUUGAUGAAAGAACAAAGGCGCAGAUCAAACAACGCAACAACGAAUUGAAUAGACAAUCUUAUCACCUUCGAAAAUUACGUUCAGGUAAAACUACUCGUCAAGGUAAAUUCAUCUUACAAUUACAACAAAAAGCUGCCGAUAAAACUGCUACGCCUGAAGAAUUGGCAUUCUUGCAUCAGCUCAAUCAAGCCACACAAAGGAGCAAGGCUAGAAAACCCGGACAAAGAUAACCAAAUCACAACAGAAAAUGCUGAGUGCUUGCAAAUAAGUUGUCAGAAUAGUAUUGCUUAUGUGAAAUGUUAAGAAAUUUAUUGUUCGUACACAUUUGCUAGGGUAUGUUUCGU